UUUAUAUUUUUAUCAAUACAUGUAUAUCAGAAAAGAGUUAAAUGAUUCAACAUGGCAGAUGUACCUAGCGAAGCUCCCGAACACUGUCCUGGGACCCAGAGUGAGAACGCUGGCAAAGCAUCAGCUUGUGCGGGAUGUCCGAAUCAGUCACUGUGCUCGUCCGGAGCCACCAAGCAGCCAGAUCCUGGCAUCGCACUUGUGAAAGAAAGGCUAUCUUCGGUGCGGAAUAAGCUGCUAGUGCUUUCAGGAAAGGGUGGAGUAGGCAAGAGUACUGUGACGUCGUUGCUAUCCAGGUGUCUUGCGGCAAAUAAUCCUGACAGAAAUGUGGGAGUAUUGGACAUCGACAUUUGCGGACCGUCGCAGCCAAGAGUACUGGGAGUACUAGGGGAACAAGUUCACCAAAGUGGAUCAGGAUGGUCUCCUGUAUAUAUCGAGGAUAACUUGUCACUGAUGUCGAUUGGAUUUUUGCUCAGCAGUCCAAGUGACGCAGUUAUAUGGAGAGGGCCAAAGAAGAAUGGUAUGAUCAGGCAGUUCCUGUCGGAAGUUGACUGGGGUAGGUUGGAUUAUCUCAUUUUGGAUACACCGCCUGGCACAUCAGACGAACACUUGUCAGCUACAUCAUAUCUCAAAGGAGCCGGUAUUACGGGUGUCAUAAUUGUCACGACACCGCCGCAAGUUGCCCUUUUAGAUGUCAGGAAGGAGAUAGACUUCUGCCGAAAAGUGAACAUUCCAAUUUUGGGUGUGGUUGAGAACAUGAGUAUCUUCGUAUGUCCUAAAUGCAAGAAUACCGCAGAAAUAUUCCCAGCUUCGUCAGGCGGUGCACGGGCGAUGUCAAACGAAUUAAAUGUAGAAUUCUUAGGCUCGAUACCUCUAGAUCCAUUGCUAGCCAGAUGUUGCGACGAGGGUAAAAAUUUUCUGACGGAAAUGCCAGAUUCGCCAACCGUUAAUGCUUUAAACGAAAUUUGCAAGAGUAUUGUUCGAAAGUGUGAAGAAGAGAAAGAGAACUGUCUCAAUAAUUCUCAAUAA